AUGUCAUCCCCCGUGAUCCAGACCGCCCCGUUGGAGGUAGGCCGCUCGUCGUGCAGAGUGUGUGAGCAGCAGAGGAGCUGCUCUCCAGGCUUCUGUCGCAACGAGCUGCAUGCCACCGAAAGCGCUGUCGAGGUUCGCCGAGCGCGGCGCAGGUUGGGGGAAGCCGCCACCGACGAGCGCGUUGGACUUUUCACUCAGAACAAAGACGGGGACACAGGGCUCCAGCUCAGACCGCCUAUUCCACACUGGGCACGCGCCACGGGCCACGAGAGCCCUGCUGCCAGCCUCGUGUCGCCGCUCUCGUUGGCGCAGCAGCAGCGAUUGGCCUUUGCGCCGUCGCUCGACGGCGUCACCGCCCAUCUGACCUGCGCAGCUCCUGCAGCUCCUGCAGCUCCUGCUGUCAGUCUUCUGCUCUCACGCACCUCACUCGCCGCACGCGGAUUUGGCGGCGCUGCUUUAGAGGAAGCGGCAGCGUGGGAAGCAAAGCAGAUGGAGGCGGCGCGGCAUGCCAAGGAGCUGCUGCUGGCGGAGGUUGAGCGGCUAAGUGCAGCAAGGGCCAAGGGCAAGAAGGGCAAGAAGAAGAAGAAGAAUGUGGGCGUGGGCGAUACGGGCGCCGCUAGGCUCAACGAGGAGAUGCUGUGCAGUUAG